CUGGAUACAUCACCUUCUCUAUCCAGUCCAAAACCAGCCAUCGAUAUUCAUCAGUUACUUCCAACAAAGAAUAGAGCAUCAAGGAUAUCCUCUCAGACCUCAUUACACACUCAAAACAACAACAAAAUGCAUCUCCUCUCCCUCCUCCCCGUCAUUCUCCUCCUCCACACCAUCCAAGCCAAGAUCCCCACCCCAGCCUGCACCCCACACAGCGAUCACGAGACCUGCCUCCUCUACUGGCUAACCAACACCGGCACCAAUACGCACCUCUACAACCCCUCCUCCUUCGAAGCCUGGGCCCACGCCACCAUCUACUCUCCCGACUGCACGCCCUGGGGCGCCACCACCGACGGACUCGGCACCGACGUCCGCGUGCUCGCCUGGGGUCUCAGCCUCACCCAACCGCUGAUCCUGAACUCGGCCGCUGUCCCAGGCCUCGGCUACGAUACCCCGGUGUUCUCGUAUGAUGGCCAGACGUGGGGAUAUGAGGAUUGCGAGUGUGCGGUCGCGCAGCUGGAUCUGGGUACGCAUAUCUGCAGAUGUCCGUUUAAGUGCGAGGAUAGCGCGGUGAUUGGGUAGAGGAUUGUGAGAGCUGGGGUUAGGGGGGUGAUGGCUUGGUAUCGAAGGGAGAGUCAGCCAGUAGGGCGGGUUUUGGUUCUAGUUCUCUGAGGGAUAGGGGCGUUGGGUUUGAGUGCUCGAUUUGCUGAUGUGCUGGAGAUGGCUUGCUGGUAUGCAGGAAUCGGGAC